UCUUUUAUGAAUUGAUAGAACUCGGGCAGGAAUGGUGUUGGAAUAUGUGGAAGGCAGCUCAAUUGAGCAUUAGUUUAAUAAACCUAAUAAAGUUAGAGAGAGAGAGAGAGAGAGAGAGAGAGAGAGAGGGAGAGUAAAUGCGCUUUGUUUUUUAUUCAUCAAAGAAAGACACACACAGAGAGAGAGAGAGAGAGAGAGAGCGGUGUCUCCAAUGGCGCGCCCACUGUAACUGAAACCUCCUUUCUCGUUUCGUUUUUUGUUUUAAAUUAAUUUUCUUUUUCUUUUCAAAAGUACAAGGAUAUAUCAGGGAAAGUGAAAGAGAAGAAAAAGCUACUGUGGUGUGUAUAUCAGUGUUACUGUUUAGGGCUAAAAUUAUAAGAGUUAAAAAAAACAAAAAAAAAAUAUAGCAGAGGGGGAAGAAGAAGAAGAUGAUGAGUUGGAGAAGAGUAUUGAAGUCCGUACAAGCGUUAGCCGCUCACAGUCUUCUCUUCUUUUUCACCUUUUUGCUUGUCUGUAAGCUCGACGGAGUCGUCUCCUACUCUUGGUGGUUAAUUUUCUUUCCUCUCUGGUUGUUCCAUGGAGUUGUUGCUCGAGGAAGAUUUUCAUUACCUGCUCCAUCAGUUCCACACAAUCGUCAUUGGGCACCAUGCCAUGCAGUUGUAGCGACACCAUUGCUUAUUGCAUUUGAACUGCUUCUUUGUAUUUAUCUUGAGAGUUCUUAUGUUCAUGGUGCUGCAGCUGUAAACUUGAAGAUUGUCUUUAUUCCAUUAUUGGCAUUUGAAAUAAUCAUACUAAUUGACAAUUUCAGAAUGUGUAGGGCUCUAAUGCCUGGAGAAGAAGAAAGCAUGAGUGAUGAAGCUAUAUGGGAGACAUUACCUCACUUCUGGGUAGCGAUAUCUAUGGUUUUCUUUGUGGCUGCUACAGUAUUCACCCUUCUAAAGCUAUGUGGUGACGUGGGAGCUCUUGGCUGGUGGGACUUGUUCAUAAAUUUUGGUAUUGCUGAGUGCUUUGCCUUUCUCGUUUGUACAAAAUGGUCAAAUCCAGUGAUUCAUCGAAAUUCCCAGACAAGAGAAGUUAGUUCAUCUACAGCUACUAUUAGGUAUCUUGACUGGAACAGUGGCUUGGUAGUUUCUCCCGAUGAGAAUCAACAUGAGGAUAGAAUUUGUGGUUUGCAAGAUAUUGGCGGCCAUCUUAUGAAAAUUCCAUUAGUUGGUUUCCAAGUCCUCCUUUGUAUGCAUUUAGAGGGAAGUCCAGCUGGUGCUAGAAAUAUACCACUUCCAAUUCUUUUCUCUCCCCUUUUCCUACUUCAAGGUGCUGCCGUGCUAUUUGCUGCAUCUAAGUUGGUGGAGAAGCUUGUUCUUUUAUUAAGGAACGAAGCUGGGACAGGGAUAUAUUUUAGAUUUUCUUCAAGAGCUCAUGAUUGCUUGGGGUUCUUGCACCAUGGUUCCAGGCUACUGGGAUGGUGGUCAAUUGAUGAGGGAAGUAGAGAGGAACAAGCCCGGCUCUACCAUGAGGGAGCUUCUGGCUACAACACUUUCUGUGGUUAUCCUCCUGAGAUAGUGAAGAAAAUGCCUAAAAAGGAUCUUGCUGAGGAGGUCUGGAGGCUUCAGGCAGCUCUUGGUGAACAGACAGAAAUUACCAAAUUUAGCCAGCAGGAGUUUGAAAGACUUCAAAACGAAAAAGUGCUAUGUAGGGUUUGCUUUGAGAGAGAGAUCAGUGUGGUCCUACUUCCCUGUAGGCAUCGGAUCCUUUGCAGUAUGUGCUGUGAAAAGUGUAAAAAGUGUCCAAUAUGCCGGAUCUCUAUUGAAGAGCGCUUGCCUGUCUAUGAUGUUUAGGUUCUAACUUCUCCAGCCUUUUUGUAAAAAUGGAUAAUGGAUUGGAGUGCACAGAGAACGCAGAAUAACUUUAACAGGGAAGUUCUUUUCUUUUAUGAUUGACUGGAACUUCUACAGCAGGGAGUACAGUAACAUGAGAAAGCAUUAGAAGAGUACAGAAAACACAGUUGCUAUACUUAUAUCAACCCCCUUUUCUUUUUCAUUAGUUCCAAAAGAAGAAAAAAUGUAAAUAAUAUUGGUUUUGAUUGGUGCAUUUCAACUCCCAAGCUUUUGUCACUGUGCAGACGUCUACUAGAAAUGUGAGAGUUGUAUAAUAUAUGCUCUUAUUUACAGAAAUCACUCUUGAAUGGGACACGCAUAAUUUCAGUGGUUUGGUAUGA